UGGAGGUUUGCAGCGAGUCUGUGUGGAAGGAAUCGAACUAGGUACCGAUAAGAAGCACCAUGGCGGACAAAGCUCAGCUGCAAGAGUCGAUCAAAGCGCAAGGCGAAGUUGUCAGGAAACUUAAAGAAGCAAAGGCUAGCAAGGACCAGAUUGUAGAGGAAGUGGCGAAGCUGUUGGAACUCAAGGCUCAGCUGGGAACCGAUGAUGGCAAACAAACGUUCGUCCUCAAGACCCCAAAGGGGACCAGGGACUAUAACCCAAAGCAAAUGGCCAUCCGAGAAAGCGUGUUUAACACAAUCAUCAGCUGCUUCAAACGCCAUGGUGCUGAGACCAUUGACACCCCUGUGUUUGAGUUAAAGGAAACUCUAACAGGAAAAUAUGGUGAAGACUCCAAACUGAUUUAUGAUCUGAAGGACCAAGGAGGAGAGCUGCUGUCUUUGCGCUAUGAUUUAACUGUUCCAUUUGCCCGAUACCUAGCCAUGAAUAAAAUCACUAACAUUAAGAGAUACCACAUUGCGAAGGUGUACAGAAGGGACAACCCAGCCAUGACAAAAGGGCGUUACAGGGAGUUCUAUCAGUGUGAUUUCGAUAUUGCUGGCCAGUAUGAUCCCAUGAUUCCUGAUGCCGAGUGCAUAAAAGUUGUCCAUGAGAUACUGACUCAGCUGCAGCUUGGAGAUUUCCGUAUUAAAGUUAAUGACCGUCGGAUUUUGGAUGGCAUGUUUGCGGUUUGUGGCGUCCCAGAUGACAAGUUCCGGGCCAUUUGCUCAACAGUAGACAAACUAGAUAAGGCCUCUUGGGAGGAGGUUAAGAAUGAGAUGGUUGGAGAGAAGGGCUUGGCUCCUGAGGCUGCAGACAGGAUCGGUGGAUACGUCAGAAUGCACGGUGGCUUUGAUCUGGCAGAAACGCUCCUUCAAGACCCACAGCUGUCCCAAAACAAACACGCACUUGAUGGGCUCACUGACAUGAAGCAUCUCUUCAAAUACCUGGAGCUCUUCAAAGUCACUGAUAAGGUGAUCUUCGACUUAAGCCUGGCCCGUGGUCUUGAUUACUACACUGGGGUGAUCUACGAGGCGGUCUUGACUCAGCCACAGAAUGACCACCUUUCUGAGGAGCUGGUCAGUGUGGGCAGCGUGGCCGGAGGAGGCCGCUACGACGGGCUGGUCGGAAUGUUUGACCCCAAAGGAAGGAAGGUGCCCUGUGUGGGAGUCAGCGUUGGGAUCGAGAGGGUCUUCUCAAUCCUGGAACAGAAGUUAGAGGCCUCUGAAGAGAAGGUCCGAACCACAGAAACUCAGGUCCUAGUGGCCUCUGCACAGAAGAACCUGCUGGAAGAGAGAUUAAAACUGACAUCUGAGCUGUGGGAUGCUGGGAUAAAAGCAGAGGUCCUGUAUAAGAAGAACCCAAAGCUUCUGAGCCAGUUGCAACACUGUGAAGAGACAGGAAUCCCGCUCGUCGCUAUUAUCGGAGAGCAGGAACUGAAGGAGGGGGUUGUCAAACUCAGAAAUGUAGCCACCAGAGAAGAGGUUGAUGUGUCUCGAGUUACCCUGGUAGAAGAAGUCAAGAAGAGAACCAUCCAGUCGUAGACCAUGUGAUCUUCACCUAGCCAUGCACCCUCCUUUAUCUGCCCUGUGUUCAAAUGCUUGUACUUUCAGCAAUGCUGCAGAACUUAUUUAAAAAUACAAUCACUGCGCUUGUAAUAUUUAAGGACUGUCAAACAAGGGUUUGGUAUUUACUGACUUGAAACAAAUGUCAAAGGCCCAGUCGCUGCAUUCCAUCCUUCUUUCACUUGCCAUUGUAAAUGCUUGUGAGUUGUUGUGCUUGUUGUAUUACACCCCAGACAUGUUCAGCGCAUAUUAUUUAUUUACUAUUAGCAGUCUCCAGAUAAUGCUGCUUAAUGGCAUAAGGGGUAGAAAAUCAAGUUACUUUAAUAAUUUAGGACAUUGUUAGAACAAAAGCAUGGACUGGAAGUACUGACUUUUCCAAAUACAGUACUUAUAUGAACCUCGAAAGCAGGGAUCUCCAACCCUGGUCCUGGUGAGCCUAAGUCCUGCAUGUUUUCUAGGUGUCUUUACAUCAUCAAUGGCUAAAGAUCUGGAACACCUGUUAAUCUUGACCAAUUAAGCCAAUAAUUAGUGCUGUUAAGUAACAGAGCUCGGUUGAAAAGAAAACCAGAAGACGCAGUACCUCUCCAAGACCAGGGUUGGAGGCCCCUGUGCUAAAGAACGGUGUCAGUCAAACCGCUGAUUUAAUUGUGAACUACAAGAAUUAGAAACAAACAAACUGGCUGUUUGGGGGCUUUUUAGGAGGAGGUCAAUUAACUUUUCCCUUUUCUGGACGCAUACAGCAGGGGUGGCCAAAGUUGGCCUUUCCAAUUCUGAUCUUUGUUCGAACUGUUAUAAAUGUGUUUAAUUGAACUCAUUAAAUCUCCAGUCAGACCCUAAAGUAGUUAAUUAUCUCAUUGCACCUCUUAAACCUGGAGUGGAAUAGUCCUCCAAGACUGUAAUUGGACACCCUUGGCAUACAGGUAUAGCAGAACACUGUGCCUUUCAACUUGCACACAGGGGAAGUUGCAAAAAAAAUAAUUUGAUGAGCUCAAAAAAACAAACCAGCUUAUUUGCUGCCACAGAACUUUCAUUUUAAAAUGGUACAAGAAGGCAGAGCACACAAUAACCUAUUAGUAAGUUGUUUUUUUGUUUGCAUUUGGCUUUUAAGAGACCUCCUUAUUUCAAAAAUAAAAUAAUGAUUAGUGUCUUGUAUAAGUAGACCUCAGUUGUUUACUGUGAGAGGUAUGGUAUGAUGAAGGCCUGUUUAUUCUGCAUGGCCCACCAGAUGCUGAAAUACAAAUAAGCAGAGCAAGGUAAAUUUGUUAUGUAAUAAUAGGUGGCCCUAUUGAGUGGUUGUUAAAAGCAGAUCUGACUGCAUUGGUUAUCCAUAUUAGUACAACUCUUAUAAUGUCCAUUAGUUAAAAUAUCACUAGCGCCACUGUCAUGAUUAUAAAUCUGGAUUGGUUUUAUGAAAGUCAGUCAAAUUUUAAAAGGGUCUUGCUAUAUAAGUGAAAUAACAUGAGCUGGCAAUGCACACAGCUGCAGAAAGACAUGAUGAUACAGUGCAUCCAUGUUAAAUAAAGGCCACUGGAGACUUGAA